AGCCGCUGAGCUACAGGUGCCAAGCUGUAUCACUGAAUUUUUAUCCAUUGAUCAAAUCAGAAGAUUGGACCUGAGAUCCUCUCCAGUUCUAAUACUCUAUAAUUACAGUUUUUCUCUCUAACAACCCCCCCAGACUGACUAUGGCCAUGAAGUGUGACUCAUCCUUAUUUAAGUAUUUUCUUAUGAUGUUUCUUUGUAGGAUGGUAAAUUGAAAAAACCCAAGAAUAAAGAUAAAGAUAAAAAAGUUCCUGAGCCAGAUAACAAGAAAAAGAAGCCGAAGAAAGAAGAGGAGCAGAAAUGGAAAUGGUGGGAAGAAGAGCGCUAUCCUGAAGGCAUCAAGUGGAAAUUCCUAGAGCAUAAAGGUCCCGUAUUUGCUCCACCAUAUGAGCCUCUUCCAGAGAGUGUCAAGUUUUACUAUGAUGGUAAAGUCAUGAAGCUGAGCCCCAAAGCAGAAGAAGUAGCUACAUUCUUUGCAAAAAUGCUCGACCAUGAAUAUACUACUAAGGAAAUAUUUAGGAAAAAUUUCUUUAAAGACUGGAGAAAGGAAAUGACUAAUGAAGAGAAGAAUAUCAUCACCAACCUAAGCAAAUGUGAUUUUACCCAGAUGAGCCAGUAUUUCAAAGCCCAGUCGGAGGCUCGGAAACAGAUGAACAAGGAAGAGAAACUGAAAAUUAAAGAGGAGAAUGAAAAAUUAUUGAAAGAAUAUGGUUUCUGUAUUAUGGAUAACCACAAAGAGAGGAUUGCCAACUUCAAGAUAGAGCCCCCUGGGCUUUUCCGUGGCCGUGGCAACCACCCCAAGAUGGGCAUGCUGAAGAGAAGAAUCAUGCCUGAGGAUAUAAUUAUCAACUGUAGCAAAGAUGCCAAGGUUCCUUCUCCUCCUCCAGGACAUAAGUGGAAAGAGGUCCGGCAUGAUAAUAAGGUUACUUGGCUCGUCUCCUGGACAGAGAACAUCCAAGGUUCCAUUAAAUAUAUCAUGCUCAACCCCAGUUCACGAAUAAAGGGUGAGAAAGAUUGGCAGAAAUAUGAGAUUGCUCGGCGGCUGAAGAAAUGUGUGGAUAAGAUCCGGAACCAAUAUCGAGAAGACUGGAAGUCCAAAGAGAUGAAAGUCCGGCAGAGAGCUGUAGCUUUGUACUUCAUUGACAAGCUUGCUCUGAGAGCAGGCAACGAGAAGGAGGAAGGAGAGACGGCGGACACUGUGGGCUGUUGCUCACUUCGUGUGGAGCACAUCAAUCUGCACCCAGAGCUAGAUGGUCAGGAAUACGUGGUAGAGUUUGACUUCCCUGGGAAGGACUCGAUCAGAUACUAUAACAAGGUCCCCGUCGAGAAACGAGUUUUUAAGAACCUACAACUAUUUAUGGAGAACAAACAGCCUGAGGAUGAUCUUUUUGAUAGACUCAAUACUGGUAUUCUAAAUAAGCACCUUCAGGAUCUCAUGGAGGGCUUGACGGCUAAGGUAUUCCGUACAUACAAUGCCUCCAUCACGCUACAGCAACAACUAAAAGAACUCACUGUCCCGGAUGAGAACACCCCGGCAAAGAUCCUUUCUUAUAACCGUGCCAAUCGAGCUGUUGCAAUUCUUUGUAACCAUCAGAGGGCACCACCAAAAACUUUUGAGAAGUCUAUGAUGAACUUGCAGUCUAAGAUUGAUGCCAAGAAGGAACAGCUAGCAGAUGCCCGGAGAGACCUGAAAAGCGCCAAGGCUGACGCCAAGGUCAUGAAAGACGCAAAGACCAAGAAGGUAGUAGAAUCAAAGAAGAAGGCUGUCCAGAGAUUGGAGGAACAGUUGAUGAAGCUGGAAGUUCUGGCCACAGACCGAGAGGAAAAUAAACAGAUUGCUUUGGGAACCUCCAAACUCAAUUAUCUGGACCCUAGGAUCACAGUCGCUUGGUGCAAAAAGUGGGGCGUCCCAAUUGAGAAAAUUUACAACAAAACCCAGCGGGAAAAGUUUGCUUGGGCCAUUGACAUGGCUGAUGAAGACUUUGAGUUUUAACCAGUCUCAAGGGGCAGAGUUCUGUGAAAAGGAACAGUAUGGUUUGGGGAAGAUGGAUAAACUGAGCCUCGCUUGCCCUCACAACUGAGGGAGAGAGGCAGCAAGUCUUAACCAACAUCUUUGCGAAAAGAUAACCUGGAGAUAUUAUAAGGGAGAGCUGAGCCAGUUGUCCUAUGGACAACUUAUUUAAAAAUAUUUCAGAUAUCAAAAUUCUAGCUGUAUGAUUUGUUUUGAAUUGUUUUUUUAUUUUCAAGAGGGCAAGUGGAGGGGAAUUUGUCAGCAUUCUGCCGGGCAAAUUCACUGUUUCACUGAAACAUUUGGAUUCUCUUAGCUACUGUAUGCGAAGUCCGAUUAUAUUGGUGCGUUUUUACAGUUAGGGUUUUGCAAUAACUUCUAUAUUUUAAUAGAAAUAAAUUCCUAAAUUCCCUCCCUCCUCCCCCAUUUCAGGAAUUUAAAAUUAAGUAGAACAAAACCCCAGCGCACCUGUUAGAGUCAUCACUCUCUAUUGUCAUGGGAAUCAACUUUCAUUAAACUUGAAGCAGUCUGACAUCGGCAGUGUUUUGGUUCAGACACUUGUUCACAGAAAAGCAUGAUGGGAAAAUAUUUCCUGACUUGAGUGUUCUUUUUUAAAUGUGAAUUUUUAUUUCUUUUUAAUUAUUUUAAAAUAUUUAAACCUUUUUCUUGAUCUUAAAGAUCGUGUAGAUUGGGGUUGGGGCGGGACAAAGGGCGAGUGAGUCUAAGGAUAAUGAAAUAAUCAGUGACUGAAACCAUUUUCCCAUCAUCCUUUGUUCUGAGCAUUCUCUGUACCCUUAAGAUAUCCAUCUUUUUCUUUUUAAACUCCAGUCUUUCAAUUGAAAGAUUUUAUUGUAUAAAAAGUUCCACAGGUCAGUAAAUUUAGAGGAAAAUGAGUAUUUGGUCCAAAAAAAAAAAAAAGGAAAAAUAAUCAAGAUUUUAGGGCUCUUAUUUUUUUCUUUUGUAAUUGUGUAAAAAAUGGAAAAAAAAAUAAAAAGCAGAAUUUUAAUGUGAAGACAUUUUUUGCUAUAAUCAUUAGUUUUAGAGGCAUUGUUAGUUUAGCGUGUGUGCAGAGUCCAUUUCCCACAUCUUUCCUCAAGUAUCUUCUAUUUUUAUCAUGAAUUCCCUUUUAAUCAACUGUAGGUUAUUUAAAAUAAAUUCCUACAACUUAACGGAAA